AUGGAGAAUGCACUGUCCGCGGUCGUCUGGGCAGCUCAUAUUCUAUCUUAUCUCAAAGACAACCAAAACCACGAGGAGCUUCACGAGGCCGAAAACAACUUGGAAUGCGGCAGCAAUAUAGAUGAGUCGAGUGAUUAUGAGACAGACUAUGAGACAGAUAAGAACGUAAUUAUGUCAGGUCCUCGAAAUUCUGUUCGCCAGAAAUUCCUGGACUGCAUUGCGCAGCUGCUGUCACCGUGUAAGGGAUGGAAUGGGGUCACCGCAACGGCAAUACGCGAAGGAGAACACGGAGUCGAGGUGGAUAUUGCAAGAAACGAUAGCUUUCCUUCUGAUGAAGAUAGCUUUGGCGAUGAAACUAUGGGCUACUGCAAGAUGUUGGAGGUAUAUCUGGCUGGUAGUGCUGACACUGAGACAGGAAUAAACACAACUGCAACUUCGUUAACGGAAUUUGAGCUCAAGGCGAUAGACUAUACGUCCCGUCGGAUCGAUCAUUGGAUUGAAACUCUCCAGAAAUCCCUAGAAAAUGUCCAAAGUUGUCCAGACUUCAACUCCCAACAAUGGCUUGGGCAAAAGGAUGCAUUAGAAAUUUGGACAACUAUGACGAAUCUCAUCUUACGAUUUGAUGCCGAUAACGAAACUGUCAAAUCUAGGUCCCUAAUAGUUCAACAAGCUUAUAGAUGUCUCGGCCUAACACAGAUUCGACAGUUCUUUUCGAAUAGAUUUGGGACCCAGGCUGGCUCGAAGCUCUGGAGCAAGUUGAACUUUAUCGCCAGGCCGUUGGUCGACUGCCGAUUAUUGAGAUCAAUAGUUGCGCGGGAGCCACAGUUGCAAAAUUGCAAGAUUUCAUUAGUUUUGUUUAAAUCGAAGACGACACCGGAAGCCAAAGACGUGGUUGGAAUAUUUGAGGCAUGGGAACGACUAGGGUUGGGCUCCACUCCUGAACCUGUGAUCCGAAUACUUCAUCGAUUUAGCCAAAGGUUUGAAAUGGCCUGUGCAGAGACAUUUUCUCUGCAUGCGGAGAUGCAGCUAGUGAUGCACUACGAGGAGAGAUGCGCACCUCGGCAUACCCUUGACUACUUUGGAUGCAGUAAAAAGACUUGCUUGCUCUGUGAAACCUUUCUUCGCGCGUUGCCGAGUUCAAUUGCCACACGUGGAAGGCAUGGUGUUUGUUAUCCUGCCUGGGCCGUACCAGACUCGAAUUCAGGUGCCGUAAAGGUCGCCGUCAAACUGUUGGAGAAGAGCCUUUUAUCUCGCAUUCGAGGGAUUCUCAACGAUUUGAUGCACCCUUGCCAGAAAAGCCUCGCUGCGAAUGUCAUGCAAUCCGGCAUGGUGUCGGAUUUUUCGCACCUUACGCUCGAAGAAUGGCAGCAGAGAGAACAGGAUGUGCAGCUGUUCAAGAAUGAACAGACAAUCCAGCAUAAUGAUUUGAUGAUUAUGUGA